AUGGCCAAGCCCCCUGCCCAGCAGGAUGCAGGCAGCACACCUGCCUCUGCCACAGGAGCUAAUGACCAUACGCGGAAGCUGUCGAAGACGGAGCGGCAGCGGGUCAGCGAGGAGGUGGAGAUGCUGAAGGGGUUGCAGCAUCCCAACAUCGUCCGCUUCUACGACUCCUGGAAGUCGUCCAUCAAAGGCCAGAUCUGCAUCGUGCUGGUCACGGAGCUCAUGACGUCUGGCACUCUGAAAACCUAUCUGAAGCGGUUCAAGGAGAUGAAGCUGAAGGUGCUGCAGCGCUGGAGCCGGCAGAUCCUCAAGGGGCUGCAUUUCCUGCACACUCGCUCACCCCCCAUCAUCCACCGCGACCUCAAGUGUGACAACAUCUUCAUCACAGGCCCCACUGGCUCGGUCAAGAUUGGGGACCUGGGCCUGGCCACGCUCAAGCGAGCCUCCUUCGCCAAGAGUGUCAUAGGCACCCCCGAGUUCAUGGCACCGGAGAUGUAUGAGGAGAAGUACGACGAGGCAGUGGAUGUCUACGCCUUCGGGAUGUGCAUGCUGGAGAUGGCCACCUCUGAGUACCCCUAUUCUGAGUGCCAGAACGCUGCCCAGAUCUACCGCAAAGUCACCUCCGGCCUGAAGCCCAGCAGCUUCUACAAGGUGAAGGUGCCAGAGCUGAAGGAGAUCAUUGAGGGCUGCAUCCGCAUGGACAAGAAUGAGAGGUACACCAUCCAGGACCUGCUGGAGCACUCCUUCUUCCAGGAGGACACAGGGGUGCAUGUGGAACUGGCUGAGGAGGAUGAUGGCGUCAAGUCUGGGCUCAAGCUCUGGCUGCGCAUGGAUGACACGAAGAAGCUGCAUGGCAAGUACAAGGACAACAACGCCAUCGAGUUCCUCUUCGAGCUCUACAAGGAUGUGGCAGAGGAGGUGGCCCAGGAGAUGGUGGUCCUGGGCUUCAUCUGUGAGGCCGACUACAAGCUGGUGGCCAAGGCAGUGCGGGACCGUGUGGUCGCCAUCAAGCGCAAGCGGGAGAAGCUGAAGCGCGCCCAAGAAGUGCGGUCGCCUGCGGAGCCAGAGCAGCCACCAGGCGUCCUGCAGAUGCUGGAGGAGCUCAAGUCCCCACUACCACCUGGUGCCCCCGUCACCUUCCCCCCAGAGCCUGAGGAGCCCGAGGCUGACCAGCACUUCUCCUACCGGCAUACCAGCUACUCCUGAGCCACCUCUGACUGCGAGACUGAUGGCUACCUGAGCUCCUCUGGCUUCCUGGACUCCCCAGACCUGGCCCAUCACAGCUUCUCGACGGGGGACCCCGUCAGCCCACCGCCCGCCCGCCCCAUGCGCUGCUUCCCCACGAUCUCUGACAAGAAUGACCGGGUGGUGGAGUGCCAGCUGCAGACCUACAACAACAAGAUGGUGACCUUCAAGUUUGACCUGGAUGGGGACAACCCGGAGGAAAUUGCAGCUGUCAUGGUCCACAACGAGUUCAUCCUCAAGUCGGAGCGGGAUGGCUUCAUCCACCGCAUCCGGGACAUCAUCCACCGCGUGGAGACCCUGCUCCGCAAGGACGGCGGGGCUGCCGCCGAGCUGCCCGAGAGCCCCGAGGCCGAGCGGGGCGCCGUGCUGGCUCAGCCACAUCCCCCUCGACAGGUGGAUCUGCAGCUGCAGGAGCUCUCCCGCUCCAUCUCCUCCUCCUCGCUCAGCGAGAGCGACCGGGAGGGCCCCGGGGAGGAGGCGACCGAGAGCGCGUCGCCCGCCAUCGUGAGCCAGGUCUGGCUGAGCUACUCCCGCAGCCUGCCCUACGUGAGCAGCGACGACACCGAGAGCGAGGACGAGGAGAUCUGGGAGGAGCUGCAGAACCUGCGCCAGAAGUGA